AUGAUCCGAUGUGCAAAGAAAACUAUUCCCAGAGGCAAGACUAAACACUAUCGAGUGUUUUGGUCUAAAUACCUUGAGGAACUGAAAAGAAAUAGGGACGUCCUUCGCAACACUGCUGAUCAGACUGGAAGAACGGAAGACGUACAAGCCUGGAGACGACAAUCAGCUGUCCUAAGGCAAUCCAUCUUACCAGCUAAACGGACUUCCUGCGACAAGUUCAUCUCAAAUAUCAAUUAUCAAAGUGAUAACCAACACACUUUCGAAAUCCUGGGCAACCUCCAAAACACCAGGGAAACACCCAAGAAAGAACCAGUUGUUAUUUUGAAUAAUAUGAUACCACAACCUUCCCGUAACCAAACUCCUUCAGUGUACGGUCUAUCAGAACUUCCCGAUGGAAGUUUUCUUUCAAGUAACGCUAGUUUACGCAAACGUAUUUAUAAGACCCACCUUGCAUCUGCUCAACGUCUUCAAGAUCUUCUACGUCUCACACUUGAUCAUAGAAAUCAAUCCCUAUCUUUCGCUCGUCCUAUCAUUGAUGAUUUCUUCCAGAAUAUUACUAAUGUUGAUCGGCGAAAUGAAUAUCUUUCAAUCAAUGUCAUUAUUUCGGCAAUAGCUUUUGCCAUGGGCCGUUUGGCCUUUCAGAAAAAUCUCAUUUUCCGUUCUAAUCAACUUUUCAAACUUGCUAAGGACAAAAUGGCAGAAAAACAGGUGGAGUACAUUGAGGAGGUUGGGGCUACGUCACAAUUGGUAAAUGCUUAUCUCACUUGUUGUCAACAUCUAAACAUUUCCUCAAAAAGUACUGAGUCCCUUAUGGACUCUUUUUGGGCAUUAUUAUGCCAGAAUUUGUCAGCAGACGUCUCAAUAUUUGACCUGAAAUUGAUAUCGGUCCAUUCCUCUCCCCAAAAGAAUGCUUUCUUCUUCAAUGAUAUCGUCACAUUCCUCGACUUUUCACCAACUACCUCAAAAUUGAGUUUCGGUCUUCGAAUAUCGUUAUGGCGAUUAAUGGACAAAGUCCGAACUCUCCUCUCUAUAGAGCGCGAAUCUAAGGUGGAUAUUUCGCAAUUGAAACAAAAUUGCAACUCCUGGCUCUCUCUUUACUCGAAAGAAUUAGUGAAUAAUGGCUUUUAUUGGGUUCAAACUUCUGCCCUGGCGCAGACAGUGGCUUUCUGCGAUCGCCUACUUUCGACCAUUGACGAUGAAACUACUUUCUCAGACGCAUUCGCUAAUUUGACUCAUUGUGUUGAAGACGAGGUUGAAAUCACGAAUUUCGAGAAGCAAUUGAUCGAUUUUAUUAUCCUGAAUUCACCACUUAAAAAAUCUUCAGCACGGGCUGCUUUAUUUGACGCAUCCUACGAAUUUUUUUCUAAAAAUACCCUUCUUCCAGCUGAUGCCCAAACCAUCAUCCGGGCUAAGCUAGAGGAUAAAAGUGCGCAAUCAUCAAGUAGCGAUAACCUUUUUGCAGACUUACCGGAAUUUGGAUUGAAGGUAAAUUCAUUUCCCUCGUCGUUUUCACAAAAGACCGCCACCAACACCAUAUUUGAGCUAGGAAGAUGUGUUCGUGAUGUUUCCUACCUCAUGAGUUCAGAUCCCGAGGUGGUACUGAGGGCUUGUAAAGAUUUAAUUACUAUUGGCACGUCGGUAGAAACUAUAUUCCGUUCCGGUGUGGUCCAUACGUGA